AGCUAUUACUCAAAAAUGCUAAUGAAUGGAUAUGUCUGUUCUAUACUAACUUUGUUGUAAAAAUGGCAAAAACUUACGAUUAUUUAUUUAAAUUGCUUUUGAUUGGUGACUCGGGAGUCGGUAAAACAUCUAUAUUAUUCAGAUUUUCGGAAGAUGCUUUCAAUAUCUCAUUCAUAUCGACGAUUGGUAUCGACUUUAAAAUUCGGACAAUAGACCUUGAUGGAAAGAAAGUAAAGUUACAAAUAUGGGACACAGCAGGCCAAGAGAGAUUCCGUACAAUUACUACUGCCUACUACCGUGGUUCAAUGGGCAUAAUGCUUGUUUAUGAUGUUACAAAUGAGAAGAGCUUUGAAAAUAUUAAGAAUUGGAUAAGAAACAUAGAAGAGAAUGCCAGUGCGGAUGUGGAAAAGAUGAUCCUGGGCAACAAGUGUGAUCUAGAUGCAAAGAGACAGGUUUCAAAGGAGAGAGGGGAACAGUUAGCUGUAGAAUAUCAGAUAAAAUUUGUAGAGACAUCAGCAAAAGAUUCAUUAAAUGUGGAAUCUGCAUUUUACACCUUAGCGAGGGAUAUUAAAGCAAAGAUGGAAAAGAAACAGGAGGCGAGCAACCCGCCGGCGCGCGGCGACCAGCGCCAGAUCAAGGCCAGCGACCAGCAGCGCAAGCCCGUGUCCUGGCUGUCGCGCUGCUCCAUCCUCUGACGACCCCGCGCCGCCGCCGCCCCACCACUCCAGUGUUUUUCAGUUCUCACCGCCAAGGCGAUAGCAAACAUCCUCGGUCCAUACACUGAACCCUCAUUUAACUUUGCAUGCUAACACAUUCCCAAAUUAACUCAAUUCACGAACGCUCGACGACCUUCGGGGUUUGUUAGCGUGCUCCGUGUUUACUACUCGCUGAGCGUUCUGCAAUAAUAAUGUAGACUGACUGUUUGCUGCUGAAAAACCGAAUUUACAUCAUUGUGACCGUGUACGAAACCCACCUCGGCUAUAUUUUUCGACCUUCACUUUAUUAAAACUGGUGCGAUAACUUCACACGGGACAGACUUGCUUUUUGUAUUUUUAUAUCCAGGAUUUAUUACAAUUCUUAGUUGAAAAAAAAACAGUAUUUUGGAAAUUAGCUGUAAAUUUUGUUUACUUCUGAUGUGACAAGUUUAUUUUUAUAGGGCAAAAUUUAAGGGUGUUGUUUAUAUUGAAAGAAAAAAAGUGUUUUAAAGAUAUUAUUUCAAUAGUUUUAUUUAGUUGUACUUUUCCAUUUGCUAUUUUAAUUAAGAUAUAUAUUUUAAUGUAAUAUAUACUAUUUAAUUUGAAUAAACAGUGCUUUUUUACACAA